CACUGUCGGUCCGACAGAUAUUCGGCUGUCACACCACAAUCAAAAUUGGUUUGAGGUUAGGUUCAGGUUUGAAUUCUCAGUUUUAAAAUAGUAUUACUUAUGGUGAGUGUUUUGCUGUCUCGAUCUAUGGACAGAUUUUGUAAGCUAAGUUUAGUAUUAGUACAACUAGGGUUAUUCACUGUUGGUAAUACUCUUAGUAAAAAAUACAAUUUCAGAUCUUUUAUGAUGGCAAGUGCUUCAAAAAGUACAUGUCAGCUAGUGCAGGAUUUAAAGGAAUGGAAGUUUGGAAAAUUAAAAUUACUGGAACUCCCAAUCGAUGAUGAGAAAAACAAUUACGUUAGAAGAAACAAUAGAGGCUGCCUCUUCUCAGAAGUUAUGCCAACACCCUUGAAAUCUCCAAAGUUGGUUUCAUUUUCUAAAGACGUUCUAAUAAAUAUUUUGAACAUGGACCCAAAUGUGACAAAAACCCAGGAUUUUGCAGAUUUUAUUGCUGGUAACAAAAUAAUGGAAAACUCCGUUCCAUUAGCACAUAGGUAUGGCGGGCAUCAGUUUGGUUAUUGGGCAAUGCAAUUAGGAGAUGGACGAGCAAUACUACUCGGAGAAUUCACAAACAGUGCAGGUGAUCGCUGGGAGUUGCAGUUGAAAGGUUCUGGCAGCACUCCAUACUCUAGAGAUGGAGAUGGACGAGCAGUGUUGAGGUCAUCAAUACGAGAGUUCCUUUGCUCAGAGGCUAUGUAUUAUUUAGGUAUACCAACUUCAAGAGCAGGUGCUAUAGUGGUGAGUGAGGAAAGAACUCUCCGAGAUCCAAUGUAUGAUGGCAACCCUGUCAUGGAAAAUACUGCUGUGGUUCUCAGAAUUGCACCAACUUGGUUCAGAUUUGGUUCUUUUGAGUUGCUGAUGAAAACCAAUGAACUGGAAUUGCCGAAAAAGCUCUUCGAUUUCAUUAUUAAGAUAAUCAUGUACAACUUAAUGAAGCUGACUGAGGCUCUCUUCCCUCUUCUAACUGAGAUUCAAAAGAAACAAACGUCAGAUUUACUGCAAUCUGAAGCAAACUAUCUCACAGACAGUCUUAUAAACACAUUUUCAAAAAAGCUGGGACUACCUCAGUCGGACAAGCAGUUGGUGGAGAUGUUUGCUGAAAUGUUGGAAGAGACAAAGGCAGAUUUCACAAUGAGCUACCGAGACCUCAGUGAGAUUGAACUAGAUCAGAUGGACAAACCAUGUCCAGGCCAAUACUGGGCUUUGGCUACUGUGGCCCAGCACGACGCGUACCCUAGGUUUGUGUCUGCCUACAAGGAGAAACUGAAAGAAACAGGUAUAACAGAUGAAGAAAGACGCAAGCAGAUGUGUCAAAUCAACCCUAGAUAUGUCCUGAGAAACUGGAUGGCUCAAAGUGCCAUUAAUGAGGCAGAUGAUGACAACUUCGUUGAGGUUGAGCGUUUGUUAAGAAUACUAUCUUCUCCAUUUACAAUGCAGGAAGAAGCAGAAGAAAUGGGCUUUUCCAAACCUCCUCCUGGAUGGGCCUCUAAACUGAGGCUUAGUUGUUCUAGUUAAAAAUAGCUCAUCAACCGUUAACCUCAAGUGGUCAUUGCUUUAAUGUGUUAACAUCUACUUUUUACUGCAAGAAGGGAUUGUCAUAUUAAAACCUAAGUAAAAUUUUUAUGUUUUUGUUUAAAAGACACUUCAGUUUUGUUUUUAAAAUUUUCAGAGGUAUUUUAGUUAAGUUUAUCAAAAUAUUUUAUAAUUUUACUUUUAAAAACUCAUCAUGAUGGUAGUUGACUAUGUAGUUUGCCCUGAUGAUGCAUUGUUGCAACCCAUACAACAAGUCGGCCACAAUCUUUGACAAUUCAAAGACAUGGCCUGACCAUCUCCCGAAGACCAAGAUGCCACAGUCUAAAAAUAUUUGUUGUACCUUAUAGCUUAUUGAGAAACUGGAAUGUUCGGUUGAAUUUAGAAAGAAAACAAUAGAAAUAGAAGAUGUUUUGAAAUUUGUUGUAGUGAAAUAGAGGCCUUAAACUAAUAUAAUCAUAUAGAAUAAGAUAUGUUAUUUUAGUAGCUGAUGAUGGGUAAUUUUCUACUCAAGUUAUGUAAUCUCGCCACCUCAAAUUGUGAGUUCACAUUUCAGUUUGACUCUUGGCUAAAUUGCAAUUCACUGAGUUAAGGGUCAUUGUAGCCUAGCCGUUUCAACUCAUAAAACAGCUCUACGAAACUAACAAAAAAUUCCCUAAAUCAUAGUGCCCUAGUAGAUGUUUCAAUUACAAUCCCUUUGGUAUUAGAACAAAAAUAUUUUGAGAUGAUAAAUAACUCUUCAACGGCUGUUUGAAACUAGUACAAGAUGGCCGCCAGCGUCCAAGGACUAUAAUGAGUGGAGUUGAGAAGCUACAUAUGGUAAUUGAGUUGUAUUGUUAAAUAACUUUCCUAAGGUUUGUGAAACUUUGAAUAUGUUCUAAAUCUACUAACCUGGUUUAAACAAGUACCCAAGUCAGAAACGCUACCUGCCAACUCCAGUUUAGAAAAGAAAAGAUUCAAGUGUGUUAUUUGAUUUGACUCGCCCAUCACUGUUAUGUAAUUAUUUUUUUUUUUACCUAUCUAAUUUGAUAGCAAAGCAAGUAAUUUAACAAAAAUCCGUUCCAAUGAAUUUUAAUUUCUUCUAUUAGUUUGGAUGUACACAUUCAAAAGCAUUUCCAAUCUUGUUUGAAAAUCGCCUUUAUAAUCCAUUAUUAAUACUGUUCUGUGAUUAUUACAACUAUUUUAUGAUGGUGUUGACAUAAACUCUGUGAUAUUUUAUUUAUAUUAGUUUCAAAUAUUAAAAAUGAAACUUAUUAAGUUGUAUGAUACAAUUAUCAUAGCCUAUGAUGAUUAUAAAUUUUAGGAUUAGUAAAAGGAAACAAAUACAAUAUAUUUUGCUGGUUACCAAAUCUGUUUUCAAUUUCAUCUUAAGUAAUUGUCAACCUGUUCAUAGGGUUUUUCAUACAAUAAUAGUUUAUGAAAUAAUAUUUAGUUUAUUAACCUCUCUUAAGGUUUAAUAACUGCAACUAACAAUCUUUUUCCUACAGUCACCUGACAAAGUGAGCUUCUUUGCACUGAUUAUAGUACACUAAGUUGCUUAUUGCUGCAUUUACUUACUUUUGCCACAUACUUUUUUUGCCACUUUGCACACUAGUUACACAAAUAACUAUUUCAACUUAAUUAAGUAAACAAAGCCAACAAUCGUAAUUGUUAAAUACCCCCGCCGCAGCAAACCUGCAGACUAAGUGAAUUUCAACUCGUCUGAUUACAUUUUUACUAAAAUACUAGCUGACCCGGCGAACUUCGUAUCGCCUAAGUUAUAGGUUUCCCCUAAGACAGACCGAUGGAAAGAAAGUACCGUUACGUUUAAUUUUCAAGAUGAUCUCGUUCGCAUCGCUCAAUCACGUCCUGGUUGAAGUUCGUUCGCUACUCUCACUCACCUUUGGGUUGGAGCUCGUUCGCUGCGCUCACUUGCCUUUAGGUUGGAGCUCGUUCGCUACGCUAACUCGCCUCCAGGUUAGCUCGUUCGCUACGCUCACUCGCCUCCAGGUUGAAGUUCGUUCGCUACGCUCACUCACCUUUUGGUUGCAAAUUAGCUGUUGUCAUAAAUGUAAAAGAAAUAAUAGUGCUGCACCCUGUUGGUAAUCCUUGUAACUUUAAUGCUAUUGAACAUCAUAGAACAGAACCAACUUGUUUAAUUGAAACAGCUGUUAAGAUUCAUUAAUUACAUUUCUCAUAAGGUUAACAUGGGAAACUCCAGAGCCACUGGGGCGGAGCCCUUUUAAGAAUUUCGAAACGGGAAAUAGUUUACGUCCGAUUCGCAUACCUACAGAAUUUACACACCAAAUUUCAUAACGAUUGGUGAAGUCGUUCCGGAGGAGUUUGCAGACAAACACUGUGACACGACAAUUUUAUAUAUUAGAUUUCCAUAAAUAAGACAUAUUAUUCCCUAUUUAAAUAACAUUAGAUUUAACGAGUGCUUAGGUUUGCUGCUACGGGGAAGGUAAAAAGUGUUUUUUGACCAUACGUCAAUAGUAUAGGAUGAAAUAAAUAAAUUUGCCAAAUUUUAUCAAUAUAUACCCAUAAACAAGUAAACUACAACAAUUUUCAUUUUCUCCAUAAGAAUAACAUGGGAAUUUUUAAUUACACUAUUUUUGAAUUUUCUCCGUGACCGUAAGGCAUACAACAGCGCUUCAAUAUACUAAAUUAUUUCUUUUUUUAAGCUCUACAAAACGGUUUAGAAAUAAAUCGCAAAAUUUUUUGUUUUUAGGUUCAAAAAUGGGAAAAACCCAUUUUUACCCCAUAAAACCCCCGUUCCCAUGGUCCGAUUAUGCUGGAUCGCGAACUCGUUCGAAUAAACGUAGGUUUACACGUUUGUACCAAAUUUCAUCAAAAUCGGAUCAUUUUUGCUCGAGUUAUCGCGCUAACGGACACAUAUAUAUAUAUAUAAAUAUAUAUAUAAAUAUAUGUAUAUAUAUAUAUGAAUUUGUACGUAUGGUGUUUUUGGCCUCUAGGGACCUCAAAAUGAAAAAUUAAAUCGGUCUCGGGUCCAGGUCUUACCAUGAGUACUACGGUAAUAGCUUAUUCCCUAUAUGGGAAAUUCGCUAAAAAUCAUUGUUUUUUAUUUUUCUAAUUAUUUAGUUGACUACUGUCAAUGAAUACAAACCUUAUAAGAAGCAAAAUGCUCAUGGGGAACAGUCAGACUGGAUUUUGCCACUGAAAUGAGCUUUAAGCGGCCACUACUAGGUAAGCGCUAGCUAGCCUCUCUCUCUCUCCGUGCCAAUUCUUUGUCAAACUCACACUGCUGUGGGGCCGUCCCGACUCCUAGCAGCGCCUUUUCUAGGCUACCGCGGUUGAUUCUGAAACUUGCCAAAAUUAAAAAAUCUCAGGCUCAAUUUUUAACAUGGUCAUUUAGUUUUUUAUAAGGUUUCUAUUUAUUGCUACUGUUAUGUUGAACUGUUAUACAAACUUUUUUCAUCUUGCAAAUUUCAAUCGUACACAUUUUUGUAGCUUUGUAAACCUAUUUGUUUUAUUCGAAAAUUAUAUUUUUAUCAAUUCAGUUUUUCUUA